CAUAAUUGAAUAUUUUACGCUUGAUAUGCAUAGGUUUAUUCGAGGUGUUUUUGCACGAAACGAAAGAAUUUGGCGUCGCGCUGUGCCCCGAGAUAUCCGAGAACAGAGAUGUUAUUCGUUAAAGUUGAUGACUAUUCAGGUUAGGAAAUCUGUCACAUCGAUAGCAUAGAGGGACACGAGACAUAAAAGUACCUAAAACAGCAAGAAAUACCUAAAACGUACAUGUAUGUGGCUAUAAAGCAUGAAAAUGUGACUGCAGCUCACCUAUUUCCUAACUCUAAUAAUCGUUAACUUUAACGAUUAAUAUCUUGGUUCGUGGGGCAGAGCAAUGCUUAUUUCUACUAGAUUCUUUCACUUCAUGCAAAAACGCAUCGAGCACGCAUUGAUCCUGACACAAUUAACAUUGCCAUGGAAAUAUGAUUCUUCUAAAUGGAAUUUGUGGCGAAUGUAUAGAACACGAGCAAAUCAUAAAACCAAAGAAUACGAAGGUCGCAAAUUAGUGGGCUUUUCAAUGGAGAAAAUGUACUACGUAGUUGCUGAUGUAGGAAAUUAUAAAAAUUUUUUACCCUUUUGCAAAAAAUCUGAAAUUACUUUGAAAACCAAAGACUUCUUGAAGGCCAAUUUAGUAAUUGGGUUUCCACCUAUAAAUGAAAAUUAUACUUCAAUGGUGACUACAGUAUAUCCAAGGCUAGUUAAAGCUGAAUGUAAGGAUGGCAGAUUGUUUCAUCAUUUAGAUACCUUGUGGUUGUUUAGUCCUGGACUGAAAAAUAAUCUAGAAACAUGUGUAAUCGACUUCUCCUUGUCUUUCGAGUUUAAGUCUACCAUUUAUUCUCAUUUGUCAAAUUUAUUUUUUAAUGAAAUUGUGAGGCAAAUGGAGAACGCUUUCCUUGAAGAGGCUGUAAAUAGGUAUGGCCAGCCAUGUUUAAAAACAGUACGGCUACAAAGAUGACACAAGAUAUCUAUAGAAAUCAUUGAAUAUAGAUAAUAUUUUUUUGGCUUAAUGAAUCUAUUGUGUUACUUAAU